AAUUGUAUUGUAUCGAUAGAAUGAAUGAUUAUAUAAUUCAUUUACUUUCGAUGCCUCGGAAUCACAUCCCCCGUAUUCAGGACUUUGUCGAGGAAACUGUGUCAAUGUAUUCCACUGAUGAUUUCAGAACACAUUAUCGACUGAUCAGGACAACAGUCGAAAUUAUAUUACGUAUUAUUGCUCCACGUUUGACAGCAGUACAUGAAGGAGGUAAGGAGGAAAUAACACCAGAAAAGCAACUGCAUCUUUUUAUUUGGUAUUUGGCCAAUCAAGAGUCCAUGCGAGAGACUGGCAAUCUUUUUGGUGUGUCCCUUUCAACUGUACACAAGACAGUUAUUAAAGUUACCAGUACUUUGAAAAAGGUGUUCUUAAAUGUAAUUCAAUGGCUGGAUCAAGCAGCACAGAACACAACUGUACAAUCAUUUCAGUUAGCUAGUGGCUUUCCUGGGAUCAUUGGUGUUCUCGAUUGGACCCAUAUUAGAUUGAGUUCACCAAUAGGAGGAGAUUCAGAUUAUAUAAACCGCAAGGGGUAUCCAUCAAUUCAGUAACUGGUUUGUUUAUGUAUUAGUUAUUAAGGGCAUAUCAUGCAAACACUGUGUGCAUACUGAUGGUAUAUUUUUAAAAUUCCUGUUUUAGAUUGUUGUAGAUCAUAAUCUCAUGAUUUUAAGUGCUCAUAUUGGAUGGCCUGGAUGUGCCCAUGAUGCGAGAGUUCUACGGAACAGAACACUCUUUACAAGAGGUGAAAAUGGAGCACUAGCACCACAAAAUAUGCACAUCAUUGCAAACUCUGCCUACC